GGCGGGCGGGCGAGCCCCGCGUGCAGCGCCCCGGGCCGGGCUGGGCGCCGAGAGCAUGGGCAGCGACCGGAGCGCGCUCGCACGGCCGGGCCGGGCGGGCAGCCUCCUCGGCGGCCGGGAGGCGGCGGCGCGGCCGCGAAUGCUGCCGCUGCUGCUGGUGCUUCUGGGCUGCCUGGGCCGCGGCGCGGCGGCGGAGGACGCAGAAGUCAAAGCGGAGAACUGGCUGCGGCUCUAUGGCUACCUGCCCCAGCCUAGCCGCCACAUGUCCACCCUGCGCUCCGCCCAGAUCCUGGCCUCUGCCCUCGCCGAGAUGCAGCGCUUCUAUGGGAUCCCUGUCACUGGCGUGCUGGAUGAAGAGACCAAGGCGUGGAUGAAGCGGCCCCGCUGCGGGGUGCCAGACCAGUUCGGGGUGCGCGUAAAGGCCAACCUGCGGCGGCGGCGACGGCGCUAUGCCCUCACUGGCAGGAAGUGGAGCAGCCACCACCUGACCUUCAGCAUCCAGAACUACACGGAGAAGCUGGGCUGGUACCACUCGCUGGAGGCGGUGCGCAGGGCCUUCCAAGUGUGGGAGCAGGCCACUCCCCUGGUCUUCCAGGAGGUGCCCUACGAGGACAUCCGGCUGCGGCGGCAGAAGGAGGCCGACAUCAUGGUACUCUUCGCCUCUGGCUUCCACGGCGACAGCUCACCGUUUGAUGGCACGGGUGGCUUUCUGGCCCACGCCUAUUUCCCUGGCCCUGGGCUGGGUGGGGAUACCCAUUUCGAUGCCGACGAGCCCUGGACCUUCUCCAGCACUGACCUGCACGGGAACAGCCUCUUCCUGGUAGCAGUGCAUGAGCUGGGCCACGCGCUGGGGCUGGAGCACUCGAGCAACCCUAGCGCCAUCAUGGCGCCCUUCUACCAGUGGAUGGACACCGACAACUUCCAGCUGCCUGAGGACGACCUCCGGGGCAUCCAGCAGCUCUACGGCACCCCGGAUGGUCAGCCACAGCCUACCCGGCUCCUCCCCACUGUGACUCCCCGGCGGCCAGGCCGGCCCGACCAUCGGCCCCCCAGACCUCCCCAGCCACCACCGCCAGGCGGCAAGCCGGAGCGGCCCCCGAAGCCAGGUCCGCCAGCCCAGCCCCGAGCCACAGAGCGGCCUGACCAGUAUGGCCCCAACAUCUGCGACGGGGACUUUGACACAGUGGCCAUGCUGCGUGGGGAGAUGUUUGUGUUCAAGGGCCGCUGGUUCUGGCGUGUCCGGCACAACCGCGUCCUGGACAGCUACCCCAUGCCCAUCGGGCACUUCUGGCGUGGGCUGCCCGGUGACAUCAGCGCUGCCUACGAGCGCCAAGACGGGCGCUUCGUCUUCUUCAAAGGUGACCGCUACUGGCUCUUCCGAGAAGCGAACCUGGAGCCUGGCUACCCCCAGCCGCUGACCAGCUACGGCCUGGGCAUCCCCUAUGACCACAUCGACACAGCCAUCUGGUGGGAGCCCACGGGUCACACCUUCUUCUUCCAAGAGGACAGGUACUGGCGCUUCAACGAGGAGACACAACGCGGAGACCCCGGCUACCCCAAGCCCAUCAGUGUCUGGCAGGGGAUCCCCACGUCCCCCAAAGGGGCCUUCCUGAGCAACGACGCAGCCUACACCUACUUCUACAAGGGCACCAAAUACUGGAAGUUCGACAACGAGCGUCUGCGAAUGGAGCCUGGCUACCCCAAAUCCAUCCUGCGAGACUUCAUGGGCUGCCAAGAGCACGUGGAGCCGGGACCCCGAUGGCCCGACGUGGCCCGCCCGCCCUUCAACCCCGACGGGGGUGCAGAGCCCGGGGCGGGCGGUGACAGCGAGGAGGGCAGUGAGGGCCCUGCGGCAGGCCCGGGCGGCGGAGAGGGGGACUUUGGGGUGGGCACGGAUGGGGACGGGGGCAGCCGCGUGGUGGUGCAGAUGGAGGAGGUCACCCGGACGGUGAGCAUGGUGAUGGUGCUGGUGCCCCCGCUGCUGCUGCUGCUCUGCGUCCUGGGCCUCACUUACGCCCUGGUGCACAUGCAGCGCAAGGGCGCACCCCGCGUGCUCCUCUACUGCAAGCGCUCCCUGCAGGAGUGGGUCUGACGCCCCUGCCUGCCCCUCACGGUGCUAAGGGGGCCUGGCUGGCCGUGGCGCCUGUGGUUCUGAGAUGGCUCCUCGGGGUGCCCAGCAAGAGCCUUCAGUGGCUCCCUCGGCCCCCGGGUGGGGGCUCUCCGGGCCUUCCAACAUCCCCGCCAGCCCUGCCUCCGUCGUCUAUUUAUGCCCAGGUAUCUUUUGUUUUUGCACACUAAUUCAGCAUCUGUUUCUACUCCCUGGACUGGGCGGUCCCUCAGGGCAGGGGUUAGCACUUCCUGAAUGUCCUUCUGCUCCGGACAGGGAGCUAGGCCCCCACCCCGCUCUGCUCGCACAGCCAGAGGAGUGGGGGCUUACAAGGCUGACUCGGAAGAGUGGGAAGAGCUGUGGAGGUUCUUCCGGCCUGGAUCCCCUGCACCCUGAGCCCAGGGCCGACCGUGGGCUCUGGAGACGGGUGGGGCCCAACGGGUCUCCAGCCCCUGAGCCUCUCUGCCGUAGGAAGACCCUUCCCCCAGUGCAGCCCCAGGCCGGAGGGGACAGCAGGGGGAGGGGGCCCACUGGCCGUGAGUCCGUGUUGAGUUCUGGCUCCUUCUCAGCGCUCCUCUGACAACCCCAGCAGCCCGGCUCCUUGUGCCUAACAGCCCCGCCGCACCCCUGCCAGCGAGGGGCCAGCAGCCCCCAACUCCCACGUACCCCUUGAGCCCACACCCCCUUCCCUCUCUGGAGAAGGGGCCCUGGGCCUGCCUUACCAAGGACCAAAGGGGGUCUGCCAAGGCCCCUCCAACCCAGGAGCCCGUCCCCCGCCCCCCACCCCUGGCUGGGCUUCCGGCCCCUGUCCACUCUCUCCUCUCUGAGCUAUGACCCACCUGGGCCCCUCCCACCCUCUCUCACCCACAUCACCAUCCUCAGGGCUCUCAGAACCCUGCAGCCUCAGCCUCCAGCUGCCCGUGUACCCUGGAGAGAGAGGGGCUGACGGCUGCCCAGGCCGGGGUGGUGGAUGUCCACGGGCGUCUGCCCACCGGUGUGGGGGCCCACAACCCCAGGCUUGGGGGCUUCCUCCCCUCCGGUUCCCUGUCCUUCAGGGCACUGGGAGAAGGGACAGUGGUGGGGAGAGGCCAGCAGCGCAUCCCUCCAUGCGGACUGGGGGAGGGGGCUGUGGAGCCUGGAGGGGCCCCCUGUGGCCUGGAGACUGCCCUCCUCCUGGGCUCAGCCCUGAGGGUGGAGACGCUUCCUCCCCCUCUUCCUCCCCAAGGCAGGCGGGAGGUGAGGCUGCCGCGGAAAUGGUACUGUACAGCCGGCUCUUCCCCAGCCCUGAGCAAGCUGUCCGCCGCCCAGAACCCCCAGACCCCAGAGGGAGGGGCGUCUCAUGGGCUGGCCCCAGCACAGGUCCAGUAGCUUCCUCCCCCUCCAUCCUCAGAACAGAGAGCCAGCCAAGGGGAGGGGGGGUCAGUGCCCACCCCCGUAUGUUUCUUUCUGUAAAUAAUCUGCACUGAUUAAAUUGUUCUGCCGGCGA